ACAUAACCUAUAAAAGUAAAUUAUAUUUAAUUUUAUAAUUUAAUUCCUUUAUUUAAAUGAUAAGCAAAAAUAUUUUACAAACAAUAAAAUAUUCUAUAAAAAUAUUAAAAAUAUUAAAAAAAUAAAUAAAUAAUAAUAAUAUAAAAAUAAAAUAAAUAAUAAUAAUAAUAAAUGAGUAAUUUAUCUGUGCAUAUAUAUAAAUAAAUUUUUAAUUUAUUUUUUAAUUUAUUUACAAAAAUUUGAUAUAUAGGAUGAUUCAAAUAAUAUGUUGCAAGUUAUUUUCUCGAAAAUUAAUGAAAAUAUUGAUCAUAUUUUUCUUUCAUUUAAAUAAUAUAUUGAAGAUUUAGUCAUAAAAAAUGUCAAAUGAUAAAGAAGAGCAAUUUAGAGCUUAUAUAGAAGAUAGACGAAUUCCAUGUCGAUAUGGGACUAAAUGUUAUCAAAAAAAUGCAAUUCAUCUUGAAAAAUAUAAACAUCCACCUACAAAAGAAACGGAAAAAAAAAGAAAUGCAAAUCAUUCAGAAAUAAGAAAAAAAAGAAAAAAGAAAGAUAAUAAUGAAAUAUCAAAUAAUUUUCAAAAAAAGAAAAUAAAGAAAGAGGAAAAUAAAAUAAUCAAUGAAGAUUUACAUAGUGUUGUAAUUACUGGAGAAAAUAAUAUUAUUAAAAAUAAUAAUAUAUUUUGUGAAAUUAUCAAACAAUCAGAAGAUUUAAAUCAUACAGAAUCCAUAAAAAAUACAAAUAAUUUAAUUACUAUUACAUCAUUAUUAGAUUAUGAUAAAAUUAAUAUUGAAAAUGAUAUAAUUUUAAAAAAAAUUUCAAAUAAUGCAAAAAUAAUUAUUUCUCAAUUGUUCCUUACGGAAAUGCCAGAAGAUUUUUUUCAGCUUUAUGAAUUCUGUAAAAAUAUUUGUGAAAAUGAUCCUUUAAAUGCAUUGAAUCAUUUUCAUUUGCAAUUGGUAGGACCUUAUGAUGUAUUUAAAAAGGAAUUUAUGAAUGCUAAAGUUGAAAAUAAAGAAGCAUUGUUAAAGCAUUGGAGAUAUUAUUAUGAUCCACCAGAAUUUCAAGUAAGAAAAUUAUACUAUUUUAUUAUUAAUCAUAUUAUUAAUAAUAAAAUUUUUUUACAGACAAUUAUCAAAGAUAAUAAUAAGGAUGGUUUGCAUUUUGGAUAUUGGCGAGAUGAUAUUUCAAAACAUCCUGUAUUUGUAGCAAAAAAUAAAGCAGCUAUAAAUUGUAUAAUUGAGCCUGUUGCAGAAAAUAUAUUUGGUACAUUAGAUGUAUAUUUUGAAGAAAAAUUGAAAUUAGCUACUCCAUUCGAAAAAACACGUAUAACUAUGUUGCAUCAAAAACUUAAAAGUUUUGCAAAAGAGAAAAAAAUAACUUUAGAAAAAAAAACAGCAAAUAUGCAAGACAGAGAAAAGAAAAUUGUUACAAGAGCUUUUCACAAAGCUGGGAUUGUAGUGCCUUAUAAUAAAAAAACUCAAUUAGGAUAUAGAGAUUUGGCUAUAACUGACAAUGAAUUACAAAAACUUUUAAAAGAAAUAGAAUGUGCUUCAACACCUGAAGUUAGAAAAAAAUCAAUGUCAAAAUUAGAAGAAAUAAUACGAUUAGCAACAAUUGCAGCUGAUGAAUGUGAUUUUGGCACAGUUUUGGAAUUAGGCCAUGAUUUAUUUUCUAGUGGUAUUUCUUUUGUUCAAAGUAAAGCAUUAAAUUUAAUGUCUCUUGCCUAUAAUCUUUUACAAAAACCUCAAUUUUUGAAAAUUGCCCAAGUUCAUUUAAAAAAUAGAAGUAAGAGUUUGGAUUUAAAUGUUAUUGUAUAUGAUUAAUUAUAACAAAAUUAAUAUGAAAAAAUUAAAUAAAAUUGAAAAUUAAUAAAAAAAACUUUUAAAAACGAAUUUUUUUUUUAAAUUAAAUGAAAAAUUUUUAAAUUUUAAAUAAAAAAAUGAAUUGUAAUUCUUGUAAUGUUAAAAAGUGUUUAAUUAAUAAAUAUUUAAUCUUUUUUA